AUGGAGGCCAGUGUGGUUGACACUCAUAAUGUAUUGAUUGUUCAUUUGCAGGUUCUUUACCAGGAUAACUGCAUGGCUAUGGGGCAUGUUGUACGGAGAAGGAAGUUUAAUGUGUCUGGAAAUGAACAGCGUAUAAUUACAUUAUUUCGAUGCAUUCAAAACAUGCCCAACAACACAGCCAGUAAUACUUGUUUCACAGCGGGAAUCGUGAAGCUUGAGCAAGGAGAUCAGCUGGAGCUACUGUUACCAGCCCGUCCCAAUGCUCAAAUAUCCAUGGGGAGAGACUCGACAUUUUUUGGAGCCAUCCAACUUUUAUGAAUGAACUGUUUGAGAGCACAUUGAGUGUCAAACGGGAGAUCGUAUUGCCUGAGUUUUCAAUUCUCCGAGUCUCCAUGUAUCGAUCAAUGCACUAAAGGGGGUAGAUUUCUCCAGUGUCACCAUAGGUUGGGAAGUAUCCGUGGUGCCAAGAUCUGUAGUUGUCCCUUGUGUAUUGAAAUAUGUUACACCACUUUUAAUUUUGGAUGCAGUGUUGUGCUCCCCCC